GAACGUUUUCUAUUCUCCAGUCGGGCAACCAAUCCAAUUCAACAAAAAAAUAAUUCUUGUGAAAGCGUAGCGGACUCGGGAACUAUUGCGUCUUAGAAAUUUGAUUUCUUUGUAAAAUCAAGAUUGAAUUUACAAAACAUGUGCAUGAACUCUUGAUUUUCAGAUUUUAAUUGAUAACCAAACUGGGUAAGAUGGUGUCAACGAGGCAGAUGAGUAGCGUCGGCGGCGGCGCUGCCGGCUGCGGCGAGGGAGCUGGCCCUACGCACGCGGAGCCCGCGGCCGUGUCUCGCGUGACUCGGCACUCCAGCGCCCAGCUCCCGGGGGGGUCGUCGCCGCACUCCUCGGCGCCGCCCGCGCGCUGCACGGCGCUGGUGCCGGCGCCCAAGUCCUACUCGACGAGCAUGCUAGACUUGCCCAUAGAAAUACAAGAGAAGAUAUUUCGUAUGGUGGGCUUUAAAUAUGUGUCCCAACUCAGGAUGGUGAACCGCCACUUUAACACAGUGUGUAGUAAUAUAUUAAACUCCACGUUCCAACGGCUGCAGAACCAGAUGUUGCACAGAUUUCAGUCCAUCAAGGCCAAGAUGCCUCGUCGAGAGUCGGCACGGAGGAGCCAUCCCUUGGCUUGCGAGUCGGACAUUAUUGAGACUUUGCACAUGCGACUCAGCCUUCUGCAGAUGACUUUUGGCAAACAUAUAGAGAGGAAACACUGCUGUUUCUUCCCUGGAGAGAUAUUGGAUGAAGUAUACAGUAUUCUAUCAUACUUGAAAACAACAACAAAGCUAGCGAGGCCAUACAAAGUGACGGAUGAGCUCUUCGAUCUGACCACCAUGGCGAUGGAGUACUUUAAGGAACACAUUGAACCUAACUUGCCAGAAAUCACGUAUUUUGGUACUGAUUUCUUCGACAUCACAACCGCGUUUUCACCCGGCGAGAGCAGUAAAUCAUACAUGUGCCUUGACUCGCCGCCGCCCAGCGGCUUCGAAUCCGGCAGCGCGGCCGCCAGCGCAGUCUCAGACCGUCGCGUUUCCAUCUCCAACCUGUUUAUGGAGGAGUCACUGCCGCCGUCUCCGCCGCCGCCGCAGAGCAAUAUGGUGCUACGGAAACGGAUACACCGCAUCAAGCAGGGAAUGAAGAAGUACAACGACCAACUAUCCGCCUUACGCAGCGACCUACGCAGCUGCAAACGCAAGACUGCUCUCCAACAGAAGCAAAUCGCAGAGCAACAGAAACAGAUCGCUGAACAACAGAAGCAAACGUUAGACUACGCCAACCGUCUGGACGACUACGACAAAAAGAAUGAAGAGACCAGUCGCAAGUUCCAGACGCUGUUGCAGGAGCUGAACAAGUGCAAGACGGAGCUGCAGUACUGGCGCUCGCGCUCGCCCGCCGUGCCGCCGCUGUGCGCCGAGUGCGGCGCCGCGCUGCACCUCAUGCAGCCCGCUAACAUGUGGGCGGCCGGAAGCAGUAUAGAACCCGAGUUGGAAGUCGCGAGCGGCAGCGGCACCGCGCCCACGCCCGCGCCGGCGCCGGCACCAGAGCCCGUCGUCAUCGAACCCGCGGCCAAGCCCGCCGAGCCGGCCUUGCCCGAGGGCCCCGGCGCCGGCGCCGGCGCCGGCAAGGAGCCGCGGCCGGACAAGCUGCGCGCGCGCGCGUGCGGCGACUCCUCGGGCGACGAGCACUCGCCGGCCGGCUCGCGGCGCCGCGCCUCGGCCGACGCGCACACGCCCGAGCGCAAGAAGCGCCGCCUCACGCGCCCGCGCAAGCUCUGAGCCCGCCGCUCACCGCACCCGCACCCGCCCUGCUGAACCGCCAUCCCGUAAAGGUAGGGAAAACCCGCCCGCUCUUAACGCGAUCGAGAACCGAUGCUCUAGCGGCUUCGCCGGUUCCGACGGUUGCCGUAGUGGGCGUAUCGAUUUUCUGUCGUCGCGGUGCGAUUUAGAAGUGAUCGAUUUGUGACAUCGAUCGUGAGCCCGUAUCGGAACGGUCUCGCCGGCGAUCGACGUGCCGUAUCGAUUUUAUAGAGAUACACUGUGAGGUACUCGAUAGGAUGGCCCCGAGAUCCAAAUAAUGAGCUUAGGUGAUUGAUACUUCCGUUUGGCGGAAUAUUGAUCCGGAUCUGUGGAAAUCGCGAUUAUCGACAUUAUACUGGAUCGCGCGAUCGUUCAGUCGUCGUGACUAAAAACAUCGUUGGAAAUAAACUUGUACAUAUGAAUGUUUGUGCUCCAGAGUCGAAUAAUGUUUUAAGUUUAAGUUCAAUACUGGGCCGAAAUCUUGCUCGACUCCAGAUUAAAGCUAUUUUCUCUUCGCUAUCUAUGUCACUUUAGCUCGACGAAAUUUAACUCUUUGUAUAAAUUUCUACUACCCUGCCGUAGUAAUUAGCCACUUGAAACAUCUAAAACCAAAAACAUCUUCUACAUUCAUUGUAAAACAUCUUUUAUGUAAAUUUUGUCUUUAAACAUAACAUACAUUUCUAGAAUUUUAAAAUUAAUAGAAUAGACUACUAAUUUCUUGUGACUACAUUUUUGCAGGGAUUGAAAUCUCAAAGCUGAUUGUAUCAUAAAACACUAGCAUAUGAAAUUGAAGAUCAACUUAAUAUAUGUUAACGUGAGCUUGUAUUUUGUUAUACAGUAAGCUGUUGGUAAGAAGUUUGUUGAUCCUCUAAACGCGAUACUUUGAAUGUAUCUUACAUAUUCGUAUGUAAACUUGCAUAUAAUAUUGACGUUAUUUAUGUUACAAAUAGCAUUAUUACUUUUUAUGCAUUGCAGCAGCACUAUGGCCUAAAGUAAAAAUAAAUCAAUGUUGAUACAAAUGUUAAGUUUGAAAAUUAUAAUUUCACCGGCCUAUUUUCUUCUUACUUGCAUAAAUAAGGUUUCAGAGCGGGCCCUCUACAAAUUUGUAAUAGUCUGUUAAACGUUGUAUCAAAACUUUUUAUUUCUCUCAACGCAUUAGUCUUUCGGAAAGAGAAGAACCGUAGAAUCGAUUGGUUCCCAAGACUCUUUAUUUUUCUGCCAAAACUAUAUAUGUAUCUCUAAAAAUAAUAUCAUCAAACAACUUACCUUUUAUUUUUAUGUUUUAGUUAAGAUUCUUUUCUCAGGUCAUACACAGAAUAUUUUUUUCUCCAUUCUCAAAAGUUAUGAAAACUAUUUCCUAGUUUCUACCUUGUUUAGCUUAAACCAAGUCAGGUUUUUCCUCAGAUAUCUUAUCAAGUAUUUCUUUCAUCAAUUAUUCAACUUUUGGGAACAAAAGAAACAAAUAUAAACCUAAUGCUGAUGUAUGACUUACACCUUAAAACUUUUGUAGAUAUGUAUGC